AUGGCACGAAUGGGGCAUCCACCACAUGAAGAUGACUCAAACGUCCGUGUUGGAGGAGAAGCUUUACAACCAAAUAUAGAAUCAAAUGUUAAAAAAUGUGCAAAUUGCAACAGGGACGCCCUGGCAGAGUGUUCCCUGUGCCGUAGGACACCUUACUGUUCCACAUUUUGCCAAAGAAAAGACUGGGGGGCCCACCAAGUUGAAUUUGUUCGAGGUGUCCAUGCACAACAGCAACAACAACCACAUGAACAGGAACAGGCACAUGAAUCACAAGGACAUGAUCCAACAACACAGCAACAGGGGGGCCAGCAGCAGCAGUCAAUUAUGUUGAUUGUGGAAAGCGAUCAGUAGAGG